GUAGUAUAGAAGAGAGGUUAUUCGUCUGUGAAAAUCAGAAAAAAAUCAGCUGAAGUAGCGUGUGUGUUCAUUAUUUCGUUUACUUUGUGUAAUUGCUUUGUUUCUUAUUGUUAGUCGUAUAUUAGUAUUAAAUUGGUACCAGCCAUCAUGUCUUCAGUAUGUUGUGGAACUAAAAAACAAAAGCUGAACAAUUCAUUCAGCAACCACAUCGAGCGACCUAUAAAUGGUUACCAAGACCCAGUUGCAAUACCCGAUAUGUGUUACUUUUGUUUCGAUGUCUUGUACUGUCAGCUGCACAGUAUGGACCCACCACAAACGCCAAUGUUCACCAAUGAUGCAUAUCCUCUUUUUGUUACGUGGAAGAUUGGGAAAGAGCAUCGGCUUCGUGGAUGCAUUGGAACUUUUAAUGCUAUGCAUUUGCAUUCAGGCCUCCGAGAGUACGCUAUAACGAGCGCGCUGAAGGACUCGCGCUUCACGCCGAUCACGCGCGAGGAGGUGCCGCGCCUCACCGUGUCGGUGUCCAUCCUGCAGCACUUCGAGGAGGCCGAGCACUACCUGGACUGGAAGCUGGGCAAGCACGGCAUCCGCAUCGAGUUCGUGAGCGAGCGCGGCUCCAAGCGCACUGCAACCUACUUACCUCAAGUUGCUACUGAGCAAGGUUGGGACCAAAUACAAACAAUCGACUCCCUCCUCCGGAAGGGGGGCUACAAGGCGGCGAUCACGUCUGACAUGCGGCGCAGCAUCAAACUCACUAGAUACCAGUCGGAGGAGAUAUCCGCCAACUACAACGAUUACAUCAACCAGCGCUGCUAGCAGAGAGCCCCCCCUGGGUACGAGCACUACACGACCGGGCGGGCGUAUCGGACCCAUUGGAUGUAUUGGACGCACGCGAGUGACUAUUGUGUUAACAAUCUAGUAUAUAAGUAUACCGCAUCUAGUGUGCCGUGGCGCCAAGCGGGCACGGGUCAGGAUUAUGCUCAAAGUGACUCCAUAUGCAGGUCUGUCUUCAUCGACAUGGUGUGAGGUUAAUGUAACACUGCCAACCACAUUCCCCAGGGCCAGUCGUCGUGUGAAGUUGUGACAGUUUGAGGGUACUUGGCCAUUUUGUUGCUAUGGUCGUAUGGGGGAUUGCGGUAAAUAGAACCUUCGUUCGUUAAAAUACAUUAAAUUAAGGAGUGUAAGUUCUUAAAUAGAACUAAGUUUAAAACAUGGGAUUAUAUUGGGUUGGUAAUUUUGCUCAUCGACCUUUUAAAAUAACAAUAUGAGCUUAGAAAUAACUAAAAUAAUCCUUAGAAAACUAGAGAAAAGAAAAAAUACUUAGAGAACCAACUUGUUCAUUGUAGAUUAGGAAAGAGAAAAGUAAGAUUUUAUUUUAAAGUUCUAAUCCACUUAAUUAAAUAAUUAAAACGAACCUGCUUCACACUAUUGUUAAAAAGCAAUGCAUCAUUUACCCAUUACAUUUACUAGCGCCAUCUGGUCGGAUUUUGAACUAAAUAUGUUGCUAACUACCCACAUAAAAUGGCUCAUCUUAGUUAAUUUGCGUCGAGCAAAAUCCUUUCCAGGGAAGCUGAAAGCUUGGCUAAUUAGAUUAAGCAGCUAAACACUUGAAAAAGUUAAUAAAACUUUUUAAAAGUUAAAUAUGUAUUUGUUAACCUUAGCAGGUUUAGUGACCAGGGUAAGCACGAAUGGCUUACCCUGGUCACUAAACGGCUAUUGUUCACGCCACUGCUUCGAUGGAUAGCUCCAUAUUUAAGAUACUAUGAGAUAGAUUAGGGGAUUUUAAAUGGAAUGUCUAAGCAAAUAAGAGUUACACCAAUCUAGGAAAUAAAAUCGAUAAUAUUAUAAGUGAUAGAUAUAUAAUAAAUAUGCAAUAUAUCUUGCGCUAGUGUUCUAGAAAUAUCUGGGCUACUACUUAGUUUCGCUAAAUCUUUCAUUAUUCAAUGACCUAUAAGAUUUAGGUAUAUUUGUUAGCCUGAAAAUGGAUUCCACAAAUGGGUAAUUUGAAUAUGAUGUGUUCUUUAAUUUUAUUUGAUUAAAAAAAUAUAUAAUUUAAAAGUUGUUGAAAGUAAACCACGGCAUGGUAACAAAAUGACCUGAAGUACCUUGUAAAGUAGGAACAAAUUAUUAUCGACUUCAAUAACCAGAUCUUUCGCUAUCAAAUAUAAAGGUAAAGAAUUUGUAAAAAUUUCAGUAAAAAAUGUACAAGAAUUGCAUUAAAAAAGAUCCACAUUUCGUAACUUUAAAACGUCAUAAUGAUUAGAUUUUUCGAAAUGGAUUUUUGACGUUAAGGUUAUAGAAAGUCGUUGCAUGACAUGAAUAUGGUUAAUAAUUUGUUCCCAACAUUUACAUUAUCCCGCUUUGAAUAGCAUACUUCUCUUGUAAUGCUUCGUUACUCGAAUUAAUAUAUAACUGGUGUGGAUAUUUUUAGUAAUACUAGAUGAGUACGUAAAUAUAGACCUUAGUAUGUUCUACACAGAGUUCAUAGUUGUUUGUGGCUCGUAUGAAAGUUUGUAUAGAGUAUAAAAUCAGUACUAAUACUUACACCGUGCGAAGGCCCUGUAUGUGACAGUCUACCAUCUUAUUAACCAUUUUUAUUGAUAAAAUUCGCUAGAUGUAUAGAAUUUAAAAUUUUAUUUCUUAUCAUAAUUCCAUCGGGGUGUUCACUUAGAUCAUAAUUUUGACUCUAUAUCUUAAUAAUUGUUGCGUAAAGUUUUUUCCGUGUGAAUUGUUCUUGUAGAUUGGAGUGCGCGAAUCUCUGUAAUACAGGAAUGUAUGGAAGAUAAGGCCUGAUAACAGAAGCGCGUGGUGUCUCUCGCACUUCGCUUCCCUCUGUCGUUCUACUCCUCGCCCGUGUAUUGCGCUGAUGACGACUCGGCUAUUUGAUUAUAUAUUGGGCUUUUGGCGUUCUUUACCUAUACAAUUGUGUAGCAGUCAUCAAAGCCUGGCGUGUUAGAAAACAUUUUACUUGUGUGUUUUACUACUAGUCAUGGAUUCUAACCACGGUCAUGGGGACGUCAAAACUGAUCUCACUCAGCCCAUAAAAUCCCAUUGUUCCCAAACCGAGCUCACAGAAGAAUGUUUGAGAGACAUCAUCUCCAAUUUUCCGCCAGCCGUCGCACUCGAGUCUGGCAGAAUUUCUGCAUUGACCCAAACUUCUCCACGAUGCUCUGCGGCUCCAUUAAGAAGCCUAUGACAGGUUAUGACAAAGGUAUGAGGUAUGACAUAGAGCAGAGAAUGGUUUGUGCUAGACAAGAAUAGUUGGCUGAUGUUAUCUUCCAUACCUGCCUGACUUAAUCAAAUAAGAUUGAUUAACAAUUAAUUUAAUGGCAGCUGCAAACUACAAUAUACUCCAACCUCGACCUAUCUUAAAUCAAUUCUUACUAUUUAUGAAAUUCUGCUGUUUUCCAUGGAAAACAAAGUAAUCUUAUUUUUAACGCUACCCAUUCCAUACCUUUAAAAUUUCGGCACCGAAACAGCUUCAGAGUCAGUCAACAUUGCUGCUUGUAUUCAUUGGCGGCCAAAAAACGGCGAAAUAAAUCAAAAAGCUGUUCCUAAUAAAUUUCUGUAAAGCAAGACAUUGUUCUAUACAAUAUUCAGUUUGUAUAAAACCAUGGUGCAGUAUUACUUGUAGUUUGCAUUUGCUAUCGUAAUCACACCAGGAUGUGGACACUGAAGUAUUGAUUGCUAUUCUAUUGCACAGGAAGGUCUGUAGAUUCAAUCGUGUAUUAUUCUACCGAGGAGAUUAUGUUUAUGGGCUAUUUUAGUACUUGAGCUGAUAUUGCUCUCCGUCCAAACCGCUUGCUGUGUUGAAUUUUCGGAAAUUAUCAUUUAUGCCGAAAUGGAACGAAUGAACUCCUAUGAUAUCUAUUGGCCUCCUGUGUAAUAUUCCUAAGAUUGACCGAAAAUUGCCGCGUACGUAAAGAAAUUGUCUACUUUAGCAAAUCUGUUUGACUUACUGGUAAACGAGGGUUAGACAGCUGAGAGACAGCACAUUGGUGAGCAAAACUAAAGGCACGUUUUUUAACGAAAUUACUUACAGUUUAUACACACAAACACGUUUGGUUUGUCAUUUUAACCUAAAAUUCAAACCCAAACGUAGCAUCCCGGAAAAGGGUCACUAUAACUGUAAAAAUUUUAUAGUGUCGCAUAGUGUCAUGACAAAAUAUUGGAGUUAGACAUUAGUUUACCAUUAAAAACUACAUAGUAGUUUGAUUUAAACUCAAUAAAACUUGAUUUAUGAGUUUUGCUAUACUUUUUAAUGAUCACCAAUAAGCCAUAAAUUACAUAAGGCUCAGAUUCACGGGCACAAGAGCAUAUAAAGACAAUAUGUCGCCACAGUGUGCUCUUUUCAAGGUAAUAUGCUGUUUUAGACAAUGGGUUUCCGCUGAAGAUUUGCUUGUUUCGUCAAUUAUUAUUUGAUACCAUUACAUUAAUGUUUCAAUACUUCAGUGUGUAAUGAGAUAGGAGAUAUCGUGUACUCGUGAGUCGCAAAUUAUUGUAAUAAUAAACAAUCAAAGAUUUAAAUCGUAGAUGUGUCCAUCUAGGUGUAGCACUAUAUUUAGGAAGUCUCCACGGACGGGAGAUCAAACAGGUUGGCCAUCUGCUUGAUCCGUUAUCUAUAACUGUAAUACGUAUUAGAUUUGACGGUAUAGCAGCGAGACGCUCAUAGAGUUGAUAGAGUUGGAAGUGGUUUUCCUGAGGUCUUAUGUGAAAUUUUGGUAACGCAACACGUCUUCGAUCUACAUCUUUGAUAUUAAUAAUUAUAAAGUCAGUAGAAAACAAAAUAAAUGCCGAAUUAUUGAAAUAAGAACUGAGCGGUGUUUAUUGUUCACGUGUGUGUUUGACGGUUUAUGAUUUUGUGUCUAUAAUAAUAAUUCAAAUGUAAGAGCAUGGUUCUAAAUAUAUGAGAAUAUAGAUUAUAAAAUUAAUAAUUAAUAUGUGAAAUUGUUAAGUUUACGUUUAAGGUAAGCUUAUUUGCUGGGACUAAUGCUAGCAAAACCUGUGGAUGUCAAAGUUGAAACUGCAAAAUAAUGCAUCUGCAACUUUCAUGGGAUGUAUGCCGCAUGUCAAUCAACUUUGUCUUAUUGGAAUAAGAUCUAUAUUUAAUUAGUAAAUAACAUAAAAUUCGACUUCAUGAAUUUAAUGCCAGGAACUAGCUGAAUAAGCUUUCCAUUUGUUGUUACAUUUAAGGCUUCACUUCCAUCAAUGGUGCUCUUAACGGUGAAGUACACGAAAAUGUAUCACUAUUCUGUAACCAAUGCUUUUGUAAUUUGACAGUGUGAGUUUCUAAUUCGUCUCUACCUAUCUCUAUCUAUAGUAUCAUGUAGAUUGAGAUAUAUAUAACACCGUAAAAUUGUAAAUAUCGUUUAUAAUCUAUCUCGCGAGAUUGUAAACUGUCGGAAGAUUGUGAACCGCAACAUACUGCUUACAAUUUAACGCGUUUAUUCGGUAGAUUGUUAGGAAGGAAGAACCAACAAAUGAAAAAAUACCUAACCUAACCAUUGGUUUCUGAGCCACUCAAGUUGCGGUUCUGUGGAGUAUGUCGCGGUUCAUAAUCUUUCGACAUUUUACAAUCUCGCGAGAUAGAUUAUAAACGGUAUUUACAAUUUUACGGUGUUAUAUAUACAGACUUACACUAUAUAACUGAGUUAUAUAAACCAUGGUUACAGAAUAGCACUACUGUUCUUAUAAAACGCACAUAAGGAAAUAGCUUAAGCAAGUUUUAAGAACGAUAUACAAGGGCUGAUUAUAAAGAAUAUAUAUAUAUAUAUAUAUUGAAUUGAAUUAAGGCUUAUCCUUUCUUCCUCUAGAAAAGUAUCAGAGCGCAUAAAGUGUUUGCUUGUAGUUAUUAGUCCUAGUGGGUGUGUUACCUUAUUUUGAUGAGUUUGAGGUGGUUUUUCACAUAAGCUUGAUCUCUAAAGCGUGAUUUACACCUGUUGUUAAGUCGGCAUCCACGGUUCUUUAAAAAUUUGCGUCAAUGGCCAAGUGCCAGUUUAUGCACGCUUCUGUUCGAAGUUCGUACUUAGGUGGACGCAAAGGGGGUACAACAACAUAUUAUAUAAAAGGACUCUCAUUAUGUGUUGCGUGACUAUCAUUCAGUUUUGGUUGAUGAUAAUAAUGAAAGAAAUGAAGAAAAAAAAUGCUAAAGCAUACAGCAACAGCUGCAGGGUUAAUAUGUAACUCGGUGUACCAUUCAAAUAAUAGCUCAAUCGUUUUUCAUCGUAUUUUCGUAGUCGUGAUUAUCAAACAUGAUUAUUUUAACGGAAAUACACCAUAUCGAUAUUUCGUUGAAGUUAUCUUACUAGGUACUUACUACGGCCACUUCUACAUAUAUAUGUAUUACUGCCACUUUACGUAAAAUGAAGACACUUAAGUCAUUGCGUUGAAAAUACGAUGAUAGAUUAUUCCAUAGACGAAAAUAUGAUGAAAGACGAUGUAGUCACUCAUUUGAAUGGUACACCGAAAUGUAUAACAACCCUGCUGAUGAUGAUGAUGAAUUAAUGACCAGGGUUUCCACCCUUGUCAUCAAUUCAUCACUUAUUUUACUGCUUUUGUACUAGAUAUCUAAAAGGAACUCUACAAACCAGUUCUCUAACUGAUAUCCAGUUGCCAAUCCAAAAACGUUUUGUAUCGACGUUAUUGAUUCCAACAGCUACGAGUACCUACGUUUGUUAUGGAAUGUAUUAUAAUAUUAUUGUUCUAAUAUACUUAAUUAACAUUAACAAAAUGUUACUUUUUAUCCGACCGACGUCCAAUUUUCGGUCUAGGAAUUUUAAUGUUGUCUAGAUCAGUAUUGAAUGUAUGACUUGUAAAAUUGUAUAAUUAUGCUCAAAAACAAAUUCUUGCAAUGUGUUGAGCAUAUCCAGAAGUAUGUGUUCCCAGCUUAACAUAGUACACUCCUCAAGUUUGUGUGAAAAUGCCUAACGAACGUUUAAAUAGAAACUAAGGUCAUGGUGAUUUCUUUAGUUAUUACUUAGAUAUAGUAUGGAAUAUACUUUUUUACGUUUUACAAUUUUAACAUGGCAGAUCGGCACGCACUGAGUACAUCCACUUUUAAGCGGAAUUUAUGCUGAUUGCACAUUGUCGAGUCUCGAGGAGUCUCAAUGUUUCACACACAUCAUGUGAUUUCAUGAAUUAGAGUUUCGGAUUUCAGUAAAAAUAGGUAUGUAAAUAGGUUGUAAUGUGCAGUCAGCAUUUCGCGUUACCACUGCGAGAGGAUUUGUAAAAAGUUCUGAUGACCCACAGGUAAUUGACCUUUGGGUCAUCAGAACAUCCCAAUGACCUCAAUGGGUCAGAACGUCCCAACCACCUGAAUAGCGAACCUGAAUGGUGAAUUGAAACACUGUACUGCUGUGAGAUCGAAUAAGGCCACGAAAUCGAUGCGAAAUGUAGAGAUAUUUGCUGUAAGCGGACUGGUAACAUUAAUUUCAAAUACCUACUCACCAGAGGCGAUGGUUCCUAACAACCCAAUUCCUAUCGGGACGGACGUAAAUAAUUGAACGUACUCAGACUAAAAAACCACAUGAACGGGUUACCUUAUCAGCCGAUAGACGUCCACAGCUGGACAUAAGCCUCUUGCAUGGACCUCUAAGCACAACGAUCUCGAGCUGCCAGCAUCCAGCGGCUCCCUGCAACCCGCUUGAUAUAUAGCCUGCAGAGUGAUCGACGAGGCUCUGGCGACCGAUCAAUGGCGGUAUAACCAUUACUAACAGGCUGGAUUUCAUAAAUGGCACAGGCCGGUGUCGGGCAGCAGCGACACCGGUGCGGAAAAUCCAGCCCUGCGAAUGACCAACCCGCAUGCCCAGUGUGGUCAUUUUACGGGCAUUAACCUUUAUGCCAAAAACAAACAGCCCCUAGUCCCCGGUGGCCCCGCUAUUACCGGCUCCGGCAGCGGUUGUGGUAACGGCGGGGCAAGGGGUGUCAACAAUCUCCAGGGAAGAUUGCGCUGCCAACCCAGAUGACUGGACCUGGCACCAUUUAACUCACGCACUCAACGGACCGACGAAAAGAUGAUCGAGUUGAACGGGUUACCUACUAUAAAAUUUUAGUCUUCGCUACUGCUACUUACCCAAGUUAUAAUACGAGUAUAAUAACGUUAGUAAGCUUGGGUAGAGGACGAUCCAAACUUUAUGAUGUUUCGGAUCAUCGUGCGUUUAGCUGCGCAAUACAAGAUUUUAGAUAUCAGCGGUAGAGUAGGGACGCGGCAGCAGGUUUGCAUCCGAGUACACCUACCUAAAGACGGACUUAUAUUUGUCUGACGUGUUGUGUCGUGACGCAUCAGGACACGAAACGUCAGACAAAUAUAUUUCCGCCUUAAGCUAUAACUACAAGCACUUCUGAAAAGUCGACACUUUGCGACUGUAAACUCAUUAUGUUUAUGUACAUUCAUAUUUCGUGGCCUUAUUUCUAACCUAUAAAACCCUAGAGCGGAGGGAUAGUUUCGUAGCCCUAUACUAUGUGCGCUGUAGCAUGGUGCGGGUGACAGUUUCCUUAUGACGUUCAUAAUACGAAUGUACUAUUAUUGUAAAUCGCGGUAUACUUUCAAGCGAACUGUCACCCGCACCAUGCUAUAGCGCACGAACUGUAGUGUCAGAUUCAGUGGUAACGCAUGUGCGGGACACUUUUAUUGUCAAAAGUUUCGAUUGAUACUGAAGUUUACUCAAUCAUACCUGUUUACGUGAACUUAUUGCUGCAAUUGUGUACCUACCUCCUACAGCAUACUUCGGGGACUAUUUAGUCUUAAAGUAAUUUAUCUAUGUUUUUACGUAAGCAAAUUAGUCCAGUUAUUUUGAUGUCAUAUUUUGGAACUACUACCAUUUUGGAAAUCGUUAUAUUGGCAUCAAAAAUGUCAGAACUCAUAUUGGCAUUUCGAUAUAGCUAAUGGAAUUUUGCCUGUUAAUAAAAUUUAAUCUAAACAGCUGAAAAAAUUUUAAUAAAAAAAAUUCAACCGACUUCCAACUAAAAAAUUAACCUAAACUAAAAAGCAAAAAAUAACAUCUUACUUAUGUGCUACCUUCUGAUCAGUUUGAAGGCGGUGCCAAUCCAGUGUCAUGUUUUAAUUUAAGCCGUUUAAAUUACAAAAUUUCUGUGGUUCUUUCAGAAACGGCUUUAAUUAAAACAUGACACUGGAUUGGCACCGCCUUCAAACUGAUCAGAAGGUAGCACAUAAGUAAGAUGUUAUUUUUUGCUUUUUAGUUUAGGUUAAUUUUUUAGUUGGAAGUCGGUUGAAUUUUUUUUAUUAAAAUUUUUAUUUUUUAAUUUUUAGUGUUAGCACACCCACUGAGUGUGAACAAAAAUUAAUAAGCAAUUAGUUGAAACGUUAUUUUCUUAUGAUAAGUAUCUAAGUCCUACAAUCCCAAUUUUAAAAAUACUACCUUAACUCAUAUACAAAAUUUCACUCCCCCUUUAUCCACACGUAAUAUGAAUAUUCAUAAAGUCGUGAAAGGUGACUGUCCUCCGUCUUCAUCACCAGACCCCCUAUGCAGUCACAUUCUCAUCAAUAUAAAAUUUAUCAAGUCCAAACACAAGGUAGCUACUGUGAACCGUCGAGGAGUUCCCUUAACUCUCCUUCAUCUUCGUCACCAGACCUCUAAUACAGUCACAACCCAUCUAGGUGGAAAGUUCUCAUCAAUACAAAAUGAUCAAGUCAAAACACAAGGUAGCUACUGUGAACCGUUGAGGAGUUCCCUUAACUAUCCUUCGUCUUCAUCACCAGACCCCUAAUACAGUCACAACCCAUCUAGGUGGAAAGUUCUCAUCAAUACAAAUUUAUCAAGUCCAAACACAGGGUAGCUACUGUGAACCGUUGAGGAGUUCUCUUAACUGUCAUUCGUCUUCAUCAUCAGACCCUUAAUACAGUCACAACCCAUCUAGGUGGCAAGUUCUCAUCAAUACAAAUAAAUCAAGCCCAAACAAAAGGUACCUGCUGUAAAUCGUUGACGAGUUCCAUCGUCUGUGUUUCGGCUCCAUCAUCAGACCAACUCCAAACCUUCAUAAAAGUGUAGUGGUUUAAAAUACCUUAUGGAAACACUAACAAACGCACUAGCCGUCCCUACAAUUUUCGAAAGUUCCCCUCGAUUUCUCCAGGAUACCAUCAUCAGAUCCUGACAUGAAAAAAAUGGGACCACCCUGGAAUGAAACCCUUCAAAACAAAAAAAGAAUUUUCAAAAUCGGUCCACAAAUGACGGAAUUAUCGCUGGACAUACAUAAAAAAAAAAAAAAAAAAAAAAAACAUACAUACAGCCGAACGUAGAACCUCCUCCUUUUUGGAAGUCGGUUAACAAGGAGAACAACGGAACAUGGAUUGAAAUAUGGGAAGAACAAUGAUAUUUUAUACUAGCGCAUCAAAACUGAGGGGGACAAAAUGUGCUUAAUAGUCUUACUCGUAAUUUCGUUUAGUCGCCUAUUAAACAACGAAAGUUAUUUAAUAGGCGACACCAUGAUACUUACAUAAAUAUUAUCUAUAAUGUCGAGAUGUGCGUUUAGGAAGUGUAAAAACUAUUUAUUAUAUUAUAUACAUAAAUAUGUCUAUUAUAUACAUAAAUAUGUAUAUUAUAUGUAUAAAUUCGGAUCACCUUUUGCGGUGACAAUACGUCACCGCAAAAGGUGCGGUGUUAGCGACUCCACUAAGCGCACACAUGCAUAAUUUUGUGUUUACUUACAUUAUAUAUAUUUAUGUAUUUAAAGCCGUGAUAGCCCAGUGGAUAUGACCUCUGUCUCCGAUUCUGGAGGGUGUGCGUUCGAAUCCAUUCCGGGGUAAUGCACCUCGUGUGUGCAUUUUAAGAAAUUAAAUAUCAUGCGAUUCCAACGGUGAAGGAAAACAUCGUAAGGAAACCUGCAUACCAGAGAAUUUUCUUAAUUCUCUGCGUGUGUGAAGUCUGCCAAUCCGCAUUGGGCCAGCGUGGUGGACUAUUGGCCUAACCCCUCUCAUUCUGAGAUGAGACUCGAGCUCAGCAGUGAGCCGAAUAUGGGUUGAUAACGAACGAGUAUAAAAUAAUCAUUGGAGAAGAAAGUGUUUAGCUACCUAGUAUCGUAAUUUCUUGAGAAUUUUAGACUAAUAGAGCAUAUUAUGACUUAUCAAAUCAAAUCAAAUCAAAAUUCAUUUGUUUCAAGUAGGCUCAGUUUACAAGCACUUUUGACACGUCAGUUGACUAUUUGUAAAGAUUCUGCUGUUCAGGUUCUGCUGAGAAGAUACCGGCAAGAAACUCGAACAGUUGCUCUUUUGAAUUGACUUGAUUUUCCUGCGGGUUUUAAUAGUAGUCACAGUUCACAAUACGCGUGCGUUGACAAUGGAAGUGGACCCAUAUACCGUUCAUAAUUAUGUUAGGCCUAGGGUAUUAGAUAACACUUGUUAUAAUUUCCUAAGUCAAAGAGAAAAAAUUCUAAAAAAAAAAAUUAAAUACACGUGAAAAAUAUAUCGAAAAAUAAUACGUUUAAAAAUAAGGUUUAUUUGUUGUAGCACGUAAGUGGCCGUCUUACUUUGUCGAUAUUUUUAAUACAGAUUGUUGUUAUUAUAUCGAUGCUUAUUUUGUUAAAAGAUCGAAAAAAUGUCUCUGACUUGAUAAAUAAAAUAUCUGCCAAAAGUCACAAAA